ACCCCUCUGUCCAAAUAUACCACGUUCAUCGCCACUCCUCUGUCUAAGUAUGCCACAUUCACCGUCACCCCUCUGUCCAUGUAUGCCACGUCCACCGCCACCCCUCUGUCCAUGUAUACCACGUCCACCGCCACCCCUCUGCCCAAGUAUGCCACGUCCACCGCCACCCCUCUGUCCAAGUAUGCCACGUCCACCGCCACCCCUCUGUCCAAGUAUACCACGUCCACCGCCACCCCUCUGUCCAGGUAUAGCACGUCCACCACCACCCCUCUGUCCAGGUAUACCACGUCCACUGCCACUCCUCUGUCCAAGUAAGCCACGUCCCAUCGCCACUCCUCUGUCCAAGUAAGCCACGUCCACCGCCACUCCUCUGUCCAAGUAUGCCACGUCCACCGCCGCCCCUCUGCCCAGGUAUACCACAUCCACCUCCACUCCUCUGUCCAAAUAUACCACGUUCACCGCCGUCCCUCUGUCUAAGUAUGCCACGUCCACCGCCACCCUUCUGUCCAAGUAUGCCACGUCCACCGCCACCCCUCUGUUCAAGGUUGUUCUCACCUCUUCACAAAAAGAAAUCAAAUUUGUUUGACAACUUCUGUCUUUUAUUAAUCCAUGCUGUCUGUUGCUUAA